CUGUGCUGCCGAGAAGGUUGGAUCAGACAAGGGGGAGCUUCAGCUGGUGUAGUUCUCGUUCAGACCGAGUCAAACAAAAAACCCAGCAGUCUAGACUAUGCAAGGAUAAGCGCGAUUCUGUGGAUUAAUAUACAUUAUUUCAUUUACGGAAUUUUCUUUUUCUACUGAUGGUGAACUGGUAGACAAUCUCUUGGUUGUCUGCACGCCACAAAUAAACCAUGAGUGGGGUACUGAAGAGAAAGUUCGAUGAGGUUGAUGAGGACCCUUGCUACUCCUCUUCAUCGCCUUCCUCCCUCUGCUCUUCAGCCUCUUCAGGGUGGGAUUCAGAUGGGGAGAGUUACUACUCAGACACCCUGGAUUCAAGGCCUAGCAAUCCUAGCUCUCCAGAAACGUCUUAUCCUGUCACGUCCAUACUGAAGAGAGCAAAGCGGGCACGGAAAAGCACCGUGCAGUUUGACCAGGUGACGGUGUUCUUCUUCCCGCGAUGCCAGGGCUUCACCAGCGUGCCCAGCCGCGGGGGCUGCACCCUGGGCAUGGUGAAGCAGCACAGCAUGUGCCGGCGGUACACCCUGGCAGAGUUCGCUCUGGAGCAGCAGCAGCUCCGCCGGGAGAAACUCAAGAACCGCCUGAAGGAGGAGAAACUGGAAGCCUUGAAGCAGAAGCUGACCAAGAAUGGUACAAGGGAGUCCGAGGAGGCCAAUCAACUCACCAUAGAUGACAUACCUGAAGACGACAUUGACAUCAGCGGAGUGGAUCUGGAGGACGGCUUCUUUCUCCACCCCUACCCGUCCAAGAGGCGGCACGUGAUACUCAAGGCUGCCGGCGUGAAGAAGAUCGACAAAGAGGAGAAGCGUGAGCUGCACUCCAUCCGGCUCUCCCGAGAAGACUGUGGCUGUGACUGCCAGGGCUUUUGUGAGCCUGAGACCUGCAGCUGCAGCCUGGCUGGCAUCAAGUGUCAGAUGGACCACUCUUCCUUCCCCUGCGGCUGCACCAAAGAUGGAUGUGGCAACACGGAAGGCCGGAUUGAGUUCAACUCCAGCAGGGUCCAGACUCAUUACAUCCACACCAUCAUGAAGCUGGAGUUAGAGAAGAGGCUAGAGGAGAACUCUGACGCCGAGGACCACACAGAAGGCUUCCCGCCUCGCCAGCAGCAGCCGCAAGCGGAAGACAAUUUCAUCUUCCCCUCCUCACAGGAGGACCGGACCGUUCCUGCCAGCCCCACCUUCCACUUCAGCACAGAGCUGGAUCCCAUUGGAGAGAACAGCUGCAGCAGCGACAUGACCGACUCCUCCAGCUCCUCCGGCCAAAGUGAGGAUUCUGAAGGACCUUGUGGAGGAAGCAGUCUGCAGUGUGACAAACCCCAGUCAGAUGUGGAUGACAAUGGUCUGGCAAGAAUCCUCAGCUUCAAUGACUCUGAUAAUGAAGACUGUUGUAGCACCCAUGACACUAACUGCAACCAACAGCAAGAAGGUGGCUUUGGGUGUGCCAGCACAUCUGAUCUGUUUAAUGAUAACGUUGUGGAAGGGUCUCUGUCUAAAGUGAGCAGUGAAGGCAGAAGUUGCAGCCACACUGACAACCACAUCUCCAACAUCUCAGAGUGUUUAGAUGACAAUGCUAACCAAGACACUACAUUGUUUCAGAGCAGCAACUCAGUUCAACCUUUUCCUAGCAACUCUACACCUUCGAUUGAUCACACUUCAACGAGUUACAUGGACCUCAGCCUGUCUUCAGACUCUGAUUUAGAGUUCUUUGAUGGCUUCCCAGACUAUAGCCCGAGCCCUCUUUACAACUCUUUGAAAGAUUACGAGAAUCUGGACAAUUUCUAUCAGUUUCAGUUGCCCAGCUAUCCCAGCUUCCCCCAAGCCAGUGACUCUGGCACCUGUUUUCUGGAGUCGCUGAUUGGCCUGUCUGAAUCCGUCCCAGAGCCCCCUCCUACAUUCACAGACAAUCAGCUUUUGGAAGAAGCCAUUAAAUCCUCUAUGAUGGAAUCUGUGAAGGUUUGAAAAACAAUCUUUGUAAAACGGACAAUAUAAACAUAGAAUGAGGACUGUACAUAUAUAUAUAUUUUUUACAGUAUCACUUUUAAGGCAAAACCAUUUUGAUUUUAAAGGAAGCUGUGAUAUUUUUUUCUUUAUUGAGACUUAUUGGCCUUUAAAUGUUAAUAAUUAAAAAUUCAGUCAUUACAGUACAAGUCGGCAGCUAACAUUCUUAAAAAGAUCUUCGAAGUCAGUCUGACUCAAAACAGUCUGGUGGUCUUUUCUCUAACCCUUGGCUUCUGUCAUCCUAUCGUGAAGCUGGGAAAAAUGUUUUUCCUCCUUGAAUUGCACCAUGUAGAGCUGCCACUUUGUUUCAGAACCUUUUGGGUCGUCAUCAAUUAUUAUACAAGUGUGCCUCAGGGACUUUAAGAACUCUUCAGAGAAAUGUAUUGUGACCAUAGCUGUGAUUAAAUCUGAGUGUUUUUAAAGUGUAACCACAUAAUAAGGCAAUGUUUCCAUUGAUUCAAACAAAUCUGUGACCCUUCGACCCAUCCCUGAAUUUAAGCCAUAACUGGAAGAUGCUUGAAUUCAGAUGCACACCAGUAUUCCACACAUGGAGCCCACUGUCUUGUAUGGGACACACAUUUCUUUUGUAGUGUGUUGUGUUGGAAGUGAUCCCCAGGCAGCACUGUGAAAUAUUUAGAACUGAGUGAACCGCUGCAGAAAGAAGUAUUUCAUUUUUUUCCUCCCUUUAGAGUUGUGUUGCUUGUUUGGCAAUACUGCUUGUGUUGGGGCAACAUUACAAACCGUUUACAUACUACACUAUUCUGAACAUUUUAUUUAUUGUGAGCUACGAUGUUACUUUUUUCCGGAAACUCAAGGUGAAAUAAAAAAAAAACUAAUAUAACUCUGUAAUACCUGAAAAGUAUUACAUGUAUAAUUUCUAAUUUAUUUUCUUCAUCCAUAUUUAUUUUUCGAACAUCGUACUAAUAAAGUUUCAAGAAGCACUGUGGUUUUGAUUGGAAGUGCAAUUCUCCCUUUACUAGCGCUUUGCUGAGACUGAACUCUGUUUCCUCCACAAGUGUUUACCCAUUAAACUAACAGGAGUUAAGCUUCUUGGGAGUGAAUAAUGUGCCGAAAUGUGUGGCAUAUAGGAAAUGCUAGGGUUAUCGGAUAGUUUUGAACCGAAUCGGAAAAUAUUUAAGAACCUAUUAUAUUUUCUCUUUAAAUAAGUCAUUUCAACUUAAAUUAUUUUCAUUGUUAUUUCCUUAUUUUUAUUUAUUUAAUUAAGUGAGAAAGUUGGUCAUUUGGUUCAGAGUGACCUAAUGAUGUGCCUGUUAUGCAGAGGAACCAUUUUUAAUGGUCCAUUCAAAACAGAGGGCCUUAUUUACAAGCUGUUGGUCUGUGAACUGUGUGCUAAUUUCAACUACCUUCUAAUUGCAAAAAAAUCGGGUCUGAUGCAUUUUUGCAUAAUAUAUGUAUAUCAUAGAUUCCAAUUUUUGUAACUAAAUUAUGUAUAUUAUGAAAAUUCUAAUCUGUACUGCGAAAAGAAAUUAUUUUAGAAGGAAAAGGAACCUUAUAUACUUUUGCAAAUUUUGUAAUAUAAUGAAGCCUACCUACGGGCCUGUAUAUGAUGAUGAAGGUUGUUGCUAUCAAGCAUUAAUCCAUGUUUGAAGUUCUUAUGUUGAUAGAAGGGAUUCAUAAUCUUUAUGAAUAAUGGCUCUAAAUAAUUCAUUUUCAUUUAUAGGUAUCAGUUAGAAUUUCUAAAUCAUUUACCUUCAAUAAAAAAAAAACUUUCACUAGUUUGUUUCUUAAUGAUGUUCACCUUACCUGUUUCUUUCAGUUCUGAAAAAACACGUUUUCCAAAUACUCUGUCAUAAUAGGCAGUAUGUGCAUUAAAAUAUUCCCUGCAUUGAGAGCAUUUGAAGUCACUACAGUUGAUACUACAUAUCCUGUCGACAGUGAAACUGGUUUGAAAUGCUGUUUAUAUAUUCUAGGCAUUAUGUGUAUGCAGGCCCUUAAACAUGAUAUUUAUUUACACAUUCCUAGGUUUCUCUGCAUAUAGCUUCUACACAAAAAGUGCAAAAUGAACCAUUGGAAGUAUGUUUGCUUUGCCUUCAUAUGCUUUCUUAAUAAUUUAUUUGAUUUUUGUGCCAACAUGAAGGCACUAUAUUUGUAAAUUUCUUUUUAGUGUAUAAAAAAAAUUGCUUGUUAUGAAGAAAUACAAUUCUGGGUAUUUAUUAAUGUAAUCUAUUGUAUGUAUUGAUCUGAGGCUUUGCUUUAAAAUGUUCUUUUGCCUAUUAUGUUGUAUAUAUUUUGAUUUUUUUUUGCUUAAAAGGUACUGCAGAGCAAAGAAUGCUGCUUUAUUUUUUACAUUUUCAUGGCAAGAAAUGUUCCGUUUAAAAAAAUGUUCAUUUCAUCCAAGCAAUAUGACAAUGUUUCUAUCACUUUAAAUAAAUGUUAAAAGUUUGCUUAA